AUGUCGCUCUGCAUGGUGCUCGUUCUGGUGUUGCCAGCCCUGGCCGCCACAGAGCCUGUUUCAGAGGGAGCACCCGAAGACCUGGCAGAGAGUUCCUGGAAUAACUUCCUCUACUGCAAGUGUGGCCUCAGCUGCCGAUUGGAGGAUGUUGGUUCCUGGCACGUCUUUACCCUUGGGUCAGCUUGCGGCUGCUUAGAGUGCCCGGAGCAGAACGGCACCAACUCCUCCCUCCGGGGAAGUGCGCACUCCGCCCCUUCCAAGGAUGUGCAGGUCGCAGUGAGACAGCCAGCAGAAGUGCCAAAGGAGCCAUCGGACGGUGAUGCAGCUGUCGCCCAGGCAAUCGACGCGGAGGUGUCAGCGCCGAACACGAAGCUCAGGGCCACGUGGGACAGUGCCCACAUGAAAUCCGCCAACCUGCUGUUUUGUAGGUGCGGCAAACACUGCGCCAAAGGCCGCAUUCUUGGCCUCUGGAAUUAUUGGUGCUAUCGCUAUGAAUGCAGGCCCCUGCAAUUUGUUGACACCGUUUCAACGUGGGGCGUUUGGAGAUGUGAAGCUUUGUCCAGCAGCCGUGCUGCACAGGGGGGUGAGGGAUCGCAAGCGUGCCUUUUGCACCCCGUGCACAUCCAGUUUGAGCCAGACCUCGGAAAUCAAAACAGAUGCAACAUGGGGCAGGACAUUGAGAAGUCGAGAUGGAUGUUAGGAGAAUGGCAUGGGUCUGGGGCUUCCAGCCGGCUGUCGCUAAAUUGCAAAGGUCUGGAAUCGGCCGAGGACCUGAAAAAGGGCGCCUACUUCAUCACAGCCGACUUCAAUGGCUGGGGCAUUGAGCCCAUGGUGCAACAGGCCGAUGGCAGCUGGACCUUUGAGAUUCACCUCAUUCGUCCAGGUGGCCAGUUCCAGAUCCUCAGAAACCGCGACUCGGAGCAGGUUCUGUAUCCGGCUGCCUGGGCGGAUCGAGACCCAUCGGCUGUGCGUGGUCCGGACGAUGGUAGCGACGGCCGCUGUUGGUACCUCAAGGGUGAGCAGUGUGACGUCUUCUGCUUGUCCCUGCAGCGCCGAAUAGACGACGGUCUGGAUGUGAAGAGGGUCUCCAUCGAGCGCACGGGGCAGAAGGAGCUAAACGAUGCACAGCUUCGACAGCUCGGGCGCCUCCGAUUAGCCGCUUUCGGAACCUGGGAUCGAGGCUCGAGACUACGCGAGCUGCCUUGGGCUGGCACCUGCUUCCAUUUCUUCGUGCAGCUCGGCUCCGAGGGGCGUGAGUCCUUCCAGCUGCUGGAG